UUCACAGUUCGAGUGGCCAAGGUCUGGAACGGGCUCCCAAGGGAGGUGGUGCUCUCCCCUACCCUGGGGGUGUUCAAGAGGAGGUUAGAUGAGUAUCUAGCUGGGGUCAUCUAGACCCAGCACUCUUUCCUGCUUAUGCAGGGGGUCGGACUCGAUGAUCUAUUGAGGUCCCUUCCGACCCUAACAUCUAUGAAUCUAUGAAUGUUAAGAGCAUACUUAUGAUGGGUUAACAUCCUUUAACAGGUGAAUGUUUGCAUUUUAAUUGGCAGCAUGCAGCCUUAAGGUAAUUAUUUAUAUAGGGAUCCCCCCCGCCCCCUUCCCCCCUGUGGGACCCAGUUCGAAUACUGCUGGCUAACGCCCUAAAACACCUAGCUCUUCUGGACCUCCUUGCAAUACUAGCCAUGUUCCUAAGAGGGUUUUCCCACAGAUGUGCAGAGGGUGCCCUAUUGAAACCAAAAACAUUGGAUCCCCCCACUCCCACAUACCCGCUGCCCUCGUGGAAGGAUCAGAGAAUCAAACGGGGCUCAGUGGCCUCAUGCCUACUUCAGAUGUGACAGGAAACAUGCUGCUUCACCGCCGGUAAAACCAAGGCAUGGAGUAGUGAUGUGACUUUCUACCUUUUAUGUCAAGAAUCUGAAGCAGAGCUGUUUGUUCAUUUCUUUACCUAGGUGUCUGACCCCAGCUUUCCUGCUGUGACCCACUGGAGCUCAUUCCCUUUCCUGGAUCCAGGCCCUGUCCUGAUCCUGUUCUGGAUCAGACCCCUGUCCUGAUCCUCAGCCUCCCACUGCUCCACCCUGCACUGGAUCCUAUGUUCCUUCCAGAGCCAGGCAUAGUACCCAGAAAAGGAGGCCUGGCUCCAUGGAAGAGUGACCCCUAGAAAAAAACCCUGUCUGGCUCCCCCAAGCACAGUACCCCCGAGUGCUACAGUAGGUUAUCUGGGUCAGCACCUCCUGUUGAGCCACCAGUCAAGCAUCUCUAUGCAUCUUCCAUCUAGCAGAGCUGGGUGAUCCACUGUAAGACGUAUUUAUCAGAAGAUGCCCACACACACACACACACACACACACACACACACACACAUAUUUGCUCCAACCAAAAUAGUCUAGAAUGGGGAUGAAAUACAUCAGAUUCUAUUUAAUCAAAUCUGAGACAUUUUCAAAAAAACAGAUUAAAUGACCACAUCCUCUUUAAGAUUUUUAGGUGGAAACCACUAGCCCACUGUCCAGCUUUUUAUCUAUCUUAUCAAUCAACCGUCCAUCUCUCCCUCUUUCUAUCCCUCCACUUUCAAGUUUUAUACUUUGUCCCCUGUCUAUACAUCUCUAAAGUUUUUUUUCCAAUUUUCCACCUGUCUUUUUGCCUAUUCAUCCACCCAUUUCUCCAUCCACGUUUUUCCACCAAACAAUCCUGUCUUUCAACCCACAUCCAGCAAUGGAUCCAUCUGCCCAUCCACCAUCUCUCUGUAUGUAUCCACUUUUCCAUCAAGCUAACCCCCCUCCAUCUCUUUCCGUAACCAUCCAUCUCCAAUAACUAAUUUCCCUGUUGGCCUAUAGCAUCAUGUCUCCCCUCUUCCCCUCUCCUUGUGCCCUGCUCUGGUGUUUAUCUCAGACCCCAGGUUGCCACUAUACUGUGCCCCAGCAUGAACCUCUAUGCCUUAAAUCAGGGGUGUCAAACAUAAGGUUGAUAGGUCUGUUCUGGCCUGCAGAAAUGGGUUAUCAGGCCCAUGGGGCUUCUCUCUUGGUAGCUGACCCACUUCUGGAUUUGCCUUGCUGGGCUUCUUGCUAUGGCUUCCAGAGUUGCUGUGCUAGCAUGGCCACUACUUAGGGAAUGAAUGCUACCUCUAUUCUUAUCCAUCACCAAAUUUCUGGUUUCUGACUGUUAUCUGUCAUGCAAAAGGGUGGGGGGAGAGGCAGGGCUGCAGCAGCAUUAAGCCCUAUGUGCUGCCUCAACGCUGAGUCUCCAGCAGCCAGGGCAAGAAACCCUGCAGUCAGAAUCUGGCCCUUCCACUCAUUUCAGUUGGACAUCCUUGGCCUGGAUGCAUGAGCUUGCUGCCAGCUGCUGGACUGACUAAGAUCUGCACCUCCCCGAACAAGGCUGAUUGAAAGGAAGGGAUCUGGAUGCCGAAGACCUCCCUGCUUGCUGCACCUUGGGGCUGGGAGACCCCCCAGCCUAUGCCUCCCCGCUGGGCAUCCCUUGCCCGCCUCGGCCAGGAGGGGGUCCCCGGGCUGGCAUGCACUCCCCUCCACCCCGCCCUGCACGGGAUGACACCUUUGAGAGCCAGCCUGCCCGGCGGGUCCGCCUUGGGGGCGGCUCCCGCGUGCUGGAGUGCCCCAGCAUCCAGAUCACCACCAUCUCCCCAGGCGGUGGGGGGGACUGGGACUGCUCCCCCCGUGACUACCUCUCCCUGGAAGCCUAUGGGACGUACCGCGAGGCCCCCCUAGCCUCCGGCUUCUUCACCCCCAGUCCUGCCAGCAGCGGGAGUGCCUCCCCCUGGAGCUUCUUCUCUGAUGAUGACUGCUCCGCUGGUGACGAUGUUGAACGGGAGCUGAAUGAAGCAGCAGCCAGAUUUGCCCUCAGCUCACCCUGUGGCUCACCCAAGCCCUGGGCCAGCAUGGAGGAUCCCUGGCCACUCUACGCCGGGGGCCGUGGAGCAGAGGAUGCCUGGCUGGCCCUGCCCCCACGGCCUACUUCUCCCUGCGGCAAGCGGCGCUACUCCAGCUCAGAGACCCAUUCAUCCACCUCGCCCUGCCUCUCUCGCCGUGGGAGCUUGGGGGAUGAGGGCACAGCAGAAGUAGCGGAUGGGGCUGGUGGGGAGGAUGCACCCGGGCAGCGCCCACCGGAAAGCAUCCCCCAGAAGGCACGCAAGACCUCCACUGAGCAGACGGUGGCACUGACACGGAAGGAGGAGGGAGGAUGUAAUGGGGAGGAGCCGGGAUUUGGGGGCCCCCGGAAAGAAGGGAUGGAUUAUCUGGCUGUGCCCUCCCCUUUGGGCUGGUCCAAGGCGCGGAUCGCUGGACACAGCCCCAUCUUCAGGUCGUCAGCUCUUCCUCCCCUGGACUGGCCCCUGCCCAGCCAGUACGAGCAGUAUGAGCUGAAGAUUGAAGUCCAGCCGCGAAGCCACCACCGUGCCCAUUACGAGACUGAGGGUAGCCGGGGGGCAGUGAAGGCCGCCCCAGGGGGGCACCCUGUAGUGAAGCUCCUGGGCUACGAUGAGAAGCCGCUGACCCUGCAGAUGUUCAUUGGGACAGCUGACGAGCGCAACCUGCGGCCCCAUGCCUUCUACCAGGUCCAUCGGAUCACUGGCAAGAUGGUGGCUACCGCCAGCUAUGAGACUAUUGUCAACAGCACCAAGGUGCUUGAAAUGUCCUUGCUCCCUGAGAACAACAUGGCUGCCAACAUUGACUGCGCAGGGAUCCUGAAGCUGCGUAACUCAGACAUUGAGCUGCGGAAGGGCGAGACGGAUAUUGGACGGAAGAAUACAAGGGUCCGGCUAGUCUUCCGGGUCCAUGUGCCCCAGGGCAAUGGCAAGGUGGUGUCCAUCCAGGUGGCGUCAGUCCCCAUCGAGUGCUCCCAGCGCUCGGCUCAGGAGCUGCCCCAGGUGGAGAGCUGCAGCAUCAGCGCAGGAUCAGUGCGUGGUGGAGAAGAAAUGGUGCUGGCUGGUGCCAACUUCCUGCCCGACUCUAAGGUCAUCUUCAUUGAGAGGGGUCCUGAUGGGAAGCUCCAAUGGGAAGAGGAGGCUUGCAUCAAUCGGCUCAAGAGCAAUGAGACCACGCUGACCCUCACGGUCCCCGAGUACAACAAUACCCGGGUGUCCCGUCCUGUCCAGGCCUAUUUCUACGUCUCCAAUGGGCGUCGGAAACGCAGCCCCACCCAGUCCUUCAAGUACCUGCCCAUGAUAUUCAAGGAGGAACCAUCGCCUGACUCCCCACUCCGAGGCUUCCCCCCUGGCUCCCCUUCCCCAGGGCCUCCCCACGGCUCCCCCUAUUCCCCAGAGAUCCCCAGGGACAUGGAUUUCUCUCCCAGCCGGCCCCCCUUCCCCUGCUACCCUGAAAGCACUCCCUAUGGGGCCAGCUACUCCCCCACAGGCUAUGGGGCACCCUCUCCAUACCCCGAUGGACCCCAUCUGGUCACCCUCUCCCCACCCUAUCGCCACUGCCUCCCCCCUGAGCCCCCUCUCCGCUACCCCCCAGUAGAGCAAUACGGGGGACCCGGGCUUGCGGUGCCUCCACCCUUCCACCCACUUGGCUACCGCUCGCCCCACUUCCAGCCCCCCACCCAGCUCACCCCCGCACAGCCCCCGGGGGAGCAGGGGGGAGCUAGGACUCCUGAAUGGGGGGAGGCAGAGUCAGCAGACAGUGCGGUGCUGGAGAAGCCCAGUGGAAGUGGAUACCGGGCAGCUUUCCGGGAGAGUCUGCCCAUCCAGGGCAUCACGCUGGAGGAAGUGACUGAGAUCAUCGGCAGAGACCUGAGUGACUUCCCUGAGCCACCUUGUGAGGGCAGGGGCAGCUGAGACUACAGCCCCUCCUGGGUGCUUCUUGGGCAAAGAGACCCCCCUAGAGCUGACCCAGCGCAGCCAGCCAGCGAGGUGGGGGGCAUUAGAGCUGGAAAGCAAGGCCUGGGCAGCAUGGGGCAGGCGAGUCUGUCAGCCUGCCUGCUUAAGAUCUGUCUGUCUAAGCUCCAUCCAUUUGUUCAUCCGUCCAUCCAUCCAUCCAAACUUACCCUUUCCCUCCUCCUUUCUAGUAGACCCAUAUUCAUCCACCCAUCCAUUCCAUCACAGCUCAAUUUCAUCCAUCCAUGGUUAUCUUCAUCUCUCCCUCCACCCAUCCAGUCUUACUCCUUUCCUCUUAUUUAUCCAUCUGUCCAUCCAAGCUUGCUUACUCUCAUCCAUCCAUCCCUUUAUACCAGAACAAUUCCCUCCAUCCAUUCCUCCAAAUUUAUUCACACACAUUUGUCCAUUCCUCCAUCUGUUUGUUGGUCCCUUUCCACCUCUGCUGGAGAUGGAUAACUCUGGAAGCUUUUCCAUCUUGCCCCAUAGCUCCCCAAUAAUGCUACCCCAUUUCCUGCCCCCACUGUACUUAGCCCCCACUGCAGGGCAGGGUGGAGGUGGGAGAUGGGGCUGUCACCCCCAACAUCCCACCUUGUUGUCCCCCAACCUGAAAAGUGGGGCAAAUCCUUCUGCCCCACGAUUGGGCCAUGUGUGAGGUUUCUUUCCCUAGUGGGAACCCUGUGAACACCCCUAUUUCCAACGCCCAUAGUGGGGAGCCUUCUACUCACUCAAAGAAGGAGUGAUCUGUUUGAGGGGGAGUAGAGUUGGGGGCAAGGUGAGCACAGGAGGGGCAAAGACCAAGGGGAGGAAAUGCAUAUGUGGUGAACUGGAGGAGUCAGGUUGUGCCAUCCCAUUUCAGGGGGAGGAGGGACAUUGAAACCCCUUAGGAGACCCCAUGGAUUCGGGGAGGGGCAAGUAUGUUAUAGGGGGUUAUGGGCAUGUGGCAUGGACUCACCUCUCUCCUUCCUGUUCUGCGCCCUCCAGUUGCAGCCCCUGCUUUCUUUUUUUGAGGGAAGGGAAGGGGUUAACAGCUCAGAGGGUGGAGGGUUAUAUCUAUUUUUUGUAUUGUUGUCCCUCCCCACCCCACCCCCCAUCUUUUUCCCAGUUGUUUUUUUUUUUUGUAAUGAAAUAAAUGGAUCUAAAAAAGAAACAAAGAAAGCCUAAUACUUUAAAGGCAUCUGACUGGA